AUGUGCAACUGGAGGAAUUCCACUUUUGAGCAAGAAACAUUUGCACCGUCUAUCCUUCACAAGUUGGCGAUUAUUGAAGUACCAAUUCAUUCGUUGGCUGGAUAUGUAGUACUUUUCAAAACACCGACUAGAAUGGAAUCGGUGAAAUGGAUGAUGUUCACGAUGCAUAUAUGCGGAGCAUACCUAGACUUAUUUCUAAGUGCUCUAUCAACUCAAUUCUUUUUGUUACCUGCUGCUGCUGGACAUUCUCAGGGACUGUACACUUACAUAGGUGUCCCGGUAAAAUGGCAAGCAUACAUGUUCAUUUCUGCGAUUUGUUUGGCAGGAGUGUCAAUUUUGGGAUUUUUUGAAAGUCGAUAUAAUGCUCUGGUAAAGGGCAGAGGUACAAGUAUUCUGAAAGUCAAGAAGCGACUUUUCUAUAUGAUUGGGCAUUAUAUUUACGCAUUUGUCUUCAUUUUGCCUAUAACUUUUACACCUCCAGAGCAAAUAACUGGAAAAUUUUAUGUCAGAGCUAUGCUUCCUUGCGUUCCCCAGGAAAUAUUUGACCAUCCUGACUUCUUCGUCUAUGCUCUGGAUAUCACUCUACUUACCUGGAUAAUUGGUACAGCUGCUUUUAUAAUCACGGGAGAGUGUAUUUACUUUUUCACCCGAAUAGUUCUUUAUCUAUCCAGUACAAAAGCGAAAUCUCAGAAAACUUAUAAACUUCAACUUCACUUUUUUAUUGCUCUUACUAUCCAGAUUUCAAUUCCUCUAGCUGUUGUAAUUUGUCCAAUUGGGUAUAUCGUUUUUGCUUUUGUAGCAUCAUAUUUUGAUCAAGCACUCAACAAUAUUUCUCUAAACAUGAUGGCAAUGCACGGAUUAAUAUCAAGUGCAGUUAUGCUCACAGUUCACAAACCAUAUCGAGAAGCUGUUCUGGGAAUGUUCUGCUACAAAUAUCUGUAUGAGAAGUUACACAGUAAUUCAAUUAACCCAGAUGGAACUGUUGUAGUGCUGAGUAGUAGUCAUACCGUAAAACCUGUAAUAGAAGGGCGCCCUAACUUUUAA